AGUUAUCUAAGAAAGUAUUCAAAAGUCACUUCGUUUAUCAAUAUACCAUUCUUAGGUUAGUUAGAAUAUAAACUGUAUAUAAAAUUAAAAAUGGGAUGAUAAACUCAUAGAAUGUUGGGCUUUUCUGUUUGUGUCCAACUUGGGUCAUGUGGCACGAAACAGCUGGGACCAAAGGGCGAGUGACAUUGAGGGUCCCAGUGGCACCGCCGCGGGAUCUCCCAGAAAACCAGCUCUCGGUGGCGCAUGCGCCUCAUGGUCACUCGGCUCCGCCCGCCGGGAGGCGAGGCUUCGUUGCCGUGGUGACCUCUGUAAACGGAGACCCGGGGCUGACGCUGGGACUAGAAAUGCGUGGCGGUUGUCGGUGCCUUGGGGGAAAUGAAGGAACCAGGUGAUCAAGACACUGAUGGGGGGAAAUUAGAUGGAUCAAAGAGUGAUGGAAGGCAGUCUCCGAGCUCCUCUAAAUCUGCAUCAAGAUCUGCUAUGAAAGAGGAUUACAAAUUUAUAGAAGAUGCCACAGAAGAAACAUUUACCGAAGGGAGAGAAUCACGUUUAGGCGAUGAUGAUUAUUCUAUGGAACAAUUGGAAGGAAGUUCAAGUUCAUUUCAAGAUGACUAUGUGGAGAGCAUUGGAGAAUCUCGGUAUGUGGAAACCCCAGCUCCAGACUCAGAAAGGGCAGAGGAGGAAGUUAAGAAGAAAAUAUCAGAAAACUUCUUCUAUGAUUAUGCAGAGCUGAUUUCGAUGCCUUUUGUGACUCCGGAUUCGAACAUACCACUGGAUCUUCUCACACUUGUUCAUUCCUUUGGUUAUGACUGUAGAAAGCGGGCCAACCUAAAACUUCUGGACAGCAGUACUGUGAUGUACAUAGCUGGGAACCAGCUGAUCCUUUUGAAUUUGAAAACCAAGGAACAGAUCUACCUGCGAAGUAGCAGUGGUAGAGGAAUUGGUGUUAUUGGGGUUCAUCCUGAUAAAACUUACUUCACUGUCGCUGAAAAAGGAGUUUUCCCAAAGAUUAUCAUCUAUGAAUAUCCUUCUUUGAGGCCCUACAGAAUCCUUCAAGAUGGGACUGAGCUGGCUUAUGCUUACGUGGAUUUUAACUAUGAUGGUACCUUGCUAGCCUCUGUUGGCAGCAGCCCUGAUCACACGUUGACCAUCUGGAACUGGAAAGAAGAACAGCCCAUACUGAGGACAAAAGCUUUUUCCCAGGAAGUUUUUAAGGUUACUUUCAAUCCUGAAGAUGAUGAGCAGCUGACUACAUCGGGAUCAGGCCACAUCAAGUUCUGGGAAAUGGCUCUAACAUUCACUGGUCUCAAGCUUCAGGGUUCAUUGGGUCGAUUUGGCAAAACAGCCACUACUGAUAUAGAAGGUUACAUGGAGCUCCCAGAUGGGAAGGUGCUCUCAGGGUCAGAGUGGGGCAACAUGCUGGUGUGGGAAGGCGGCCUCAUCAAAGUUGAGCUCUGUCGAGCUGCAAGAAAGUCUUGUCAUCAGGGUCCCAUUAACCAGAUAGUGCUGGACGAGGGUGAAGUCAUCACUAUUGGGGCAGAUGGAUGUAUUAGGAUCUGGGAUUUUGAGACCGUAGAUACUGCUGACACUAUAGACGAGACUGGAUUGUUAGAGAUCGAGCCCAUUAAUGAGCUUCAAGUAGGCAAGAAUGUCAAACUCUUCUCUAUGAUAAAGAUGAGCGACAUGGGAAAUAACAUUUGGUUGGCUCAAGAUGCCAAUGGAGCCAUAUGGAAGCUUGACCUUAGUUUUUCAAAUAUUACCCAAGAUCCAGACUGCCUCUUCUCCUUCCAUUCUGGAGCUAUCGAAGCCUUGGCAGUCUCUCCUCUCACUUAUCUCAUGGCCACUACUGCCUUAGACUGCUCUGUUCGAAUCUAUGAUUUUGCUGGCAAAACUCCUUUGGCUCAGAUGAGAUUCAAACAAGGAGGUACUGCCCUCACCUGGGUACCCCGACUGGUAAGCUACACUGGAGCACAGAUUAUCGUAGGAUUCGAAGAUGGAGUUGUUCGAAUUCUUGAACUUUAUGAUCCAAAAGGACUCACAGUUUUUGCAGGACGGAAGAAAAUUUCAGAUGCAGAUAUUAAUUUGAAACAGGUUUUCAAGCCCCAUACUGCUCGUGUCACUGCCUUAGCUUAUGAACGUGAUGGAGAAAUUCUAGCUACAGGGAGUAGAGAUCAAACCGUCUUCUUCUUCGAGGUAGAAAAGGAUUAUAAGCCAAUCGGUUAUAUUACUACUCCUGGACCUGUUUGCCAGUUAGUAUGGUCUUCAGUUUCCCAUCCUGAAAGUACUUUACUGAUUUUCUGUGAGAAUGGCUAUGUUCUUGAAACUCCAUUUCCAACUAUAAAGGAGGAAGAAGAUCAUGAUGCAGUUUCCUAUGAAAUCAAAGACAUGCACAUAAAAUGUUUUCAUUUCUCAAGUGUCAAAUCUAAGAUCCUGAGAUUAAUAGAAAUAGAAAAGAGAAAGAAACAAAAGGAGUUGAAGGAGAAGGACAAGGAAGAAAGGAGGAAGCAGCUAGCAGCAGAGAUGAAAGAAGAUGGAGAAAAGGAAUUCCAGGUGGAGGAGGAGGAGGAAAGAGAGGAAGAGGAGCCAUUACCCGAAAUCUUUAUUCCAUCAACUCCCUGUCGCAUACUCUGUGGAUUUUACUCUGAGCCAGGGAAGUUCUGGGUUUCUUUGGGUGGCUAUGAUUCUGGUUUUCUAUAUCACUGUGAGUUCCCCCCAUAUGAGAAAAGUAUCAAUGGCACAGAAAAGAAGGAUGAACCUUUUGAUUUUCGUUUUCUUGAAGAUACAGAGGAUAAUCCCAUCCAUACUAUCACUUUCAGCAUUAACCAAGAUCUCAUGUUCUGUGGAAUGCAAAAUGGAGCAAUUCGAGUCUAUAUCCUAAGUCAGAAUAAUCCUUCAUUGACAAAUAUGGUGGACUACUGGCAUUUCAAUCUGCAUGACAAUAAUUAUGGAUGUGUCAAAGGCAUAUCUACUAGUUUUGAUGACCGUUUCUUGGUGACCACCGGAGCAGAUAGUAAUAUCUUUGUUUUCACCAUUUUUUCUGAAUUUGAACUAAUGAAAGCCAUUAAAGCCAAAGUGCCGUCUCCAAGGUUUGGAAUUGAAGCAGAGCCAAUUCCAGAAGAUAUUGAAGAUCCCAAAGCCUAUAGUAUUGAGAAUGCUAGAAGAAAAAGAGAACAUGAUAAGUUAAUGAAAGAAGUGGAAGAAAUAAAAGCUGGGAAGAGAGAAAAACUCAAAGCUUUGAGGAAUGAAUUUCAGCAACUUCUGGAAAUGAAUAAAGAAUUACCAAAGCAUAUGCAGUUUAAGCGAACAGAUUUUGAUCUAGAUUCCAAAAUUCGUGCUGAGAUUGGCAGAAAAACAGCUCAUAAGAUUCAACAAGUGGAAAAAGAAUUAGCAUGGGAAAAAGAGAAACAUCAACUUGGCCUCAUGAAGCUACAGAACAGAUUUCGUGAUUCAUUGGAAAGUGAUACAAUUGUGGUUCACGCCAUACAAAGUGAUCACAAGAUAUCCUCCUACAGGCUUGUGAAGCCCUCUAAGUACUCCAAGUCCAAACGACCAAGUCAAUCAGAAAGAAGAACAAGCAAAUUGGAGAGAUUUGAAAAAGAGGGAGCUGGAAGAAAGGAUAGCCAGAAAGAUACAGGUGAGAGUAUUAAUGUACCAGAAGAAUCAAUUAUAGACAAAGGGAAGAAAUUUCGGCCUAAAACCCUAAGUGAAAUUAUGGUGGAAAAUCAAAUUGAGAAAACGAGGAAACUUAUAUUAAAAGCUGAAAGGGCCCAAUUUAAGAUUCAGCAGCGAAGAAAGGAAUGGGAGGAACUGUACAAGAGUAAACCUCAGGAUGACUAUGAAGAUCCCAAAGAUGUUCAAGCCAUCAAAGAGGCCCAGUUGUAUAUGGGAGACUUCAAUCUGAAGACAGCCCCAGACUACAAAAUACCUGAGCACAUGAGAGUAAAUGCUGCCAAGAAGGAAGAGGAGCUGGGACAUCUAGACUCCAUGGCCCAUUCAAAGAAAAUGCACAUGAACAAAUGUAUCCUCUCUCUUCGAGAUCUUAAAGUGGCUGUUAUUGAGGAAAUACAGUGCCUGGUGCAAGAACUGAAGAGCAUUCAGUCAACUCUUCACAUAUCCAAGCACAUCCCUAUUCCUGAAAUCCCUCAGAUACACCCAGAAGAAGUUCCAGAAAAGAGAUUUCACUAUGAUGAGGAAAUUCUCCUAAAUUUUAAGCAAGAGAAUAUGACGAUUCAGGAUGAAAAGCCCUCUGAACUGGAACAGAGACGGUCUACAGGCGCAGGUGGAGGAUUUCUCAAACUCUCUUCUGGAAAGGAUGAUUUGACAACAAGAGAUUCAUUGUCUAGAUCAUCAAGGGCAUUAGCACUAAUUGUAGAUACUCCAAAGUUAAUGGAAUUUGAAAAAGCAGAUCCAAUUGAUCUAGAGCUGGAGAUUAUGAAGAGAGACGAGAUUAAGCAUGUGUACAUGCAAGAGUAUUUGACCAACAGGAUCAAAGAACUGAUUGUCACCUUUGAUGCAGAGCUUCGUCUUCUGAGGCAUCAGAAACUGAAACUAGAUAUUCAGAUGAAAUUAUCUGACCUUCACCAUGUCACAUUAUUUCAAGAAAUGCUUCUCCUCAAGAAUUUUGAAAAACAGGAGAACAUACUUCAAGAGCGUGUUAAUUCAUUAGACAAAGAAGAACAGGAUAUGCAAUGGAAAAUAAAUGAAACUCUUAAAGAGAUGGAAGAGAAAAAGAAUGAAAUCACCAAGCUCCAGGACCAAGAAAAAGCACUCUAUGCUGGUUUCCAAGCAGCUCUUGGAGAAAACAAUAAAUUUACUAAUUUUCUCAUGAAAGUCCUGAAGAAGAGGAUUAAGCGGGUGAAGAAAAAGGAGGUUGAAGGAGAUGCCGAUGAAGAGGAAGAUAGUGAUGAAUCAAGUGAAGAAGAAUCCAGCCUAGAGAGUGAUGAAGAUGAGUCUGGAUCUGAUGAUGAGGUUUUUGAUGAUUCUAUUUGCCCAACAAAUUGUGAUGUGGGUCUUUUUGAACUGGCCCUUCAACUUCGAGAGAAAAGGCUGGACAUCGAGGAGUCCUUAGUUGAAGAAAAGAAAAUUAUCGAUAACCUCAAAAAGGAAUAUGACACACUAUCCAAAAAAGUAAAAAUUGUGGCAACUAAUCUGAAUGCAGCGGAGGAGGCCCUGGAAGCUUACCAACGAGAGAAGCAGCAGCGUCUGAAUGAACUGCUCGUUGUGGUUCCCCUCAAGCUCCACCAGAUAGAGCAUAUAGUGUUUGGAGAAAUACCUAAUGAUCUUUCUGGAACCUUGGUCUUUUCUAACCAUUCCUUGGGACGGCUGCAAGAGCGAAUCAGACAGCUUCAUGAGGAAAAUUCCAAGCAGCAAAAACUCAACAAAGAAUGCCGGGAGAGGCGUAAACAGCUUAUCCGAGAAAAGAGAGAGAUGGCAAAAACUAUAAGCAAAAUGGAAGAAACAGUCCGUCAGCUAAUGAUCAGCAAGUUUGGCCGUGUGAUAGACCUAGAAGCCCUUCAGACACUUUCUGUGAAUACAACGCUUGAAGAGCUAAAGAUCAAAAAACUUCGAAAGGAGCUAUCAAAUGCAAAGGAAAUGAAGAUGUGGGAGGAAAAGAUUGCUCAAGUACGAUGGGAGCUGAUGAUGAAGACAAAGGAACACACCAAAAAGCUUCAUCAGAUGAAUGAUUUAUGUACCGAAAAGAAGAAACUUGAUUCUCGAUUGAAUACACUACAGAACCAGCAGGGCAAUGCCUUCCAGGGCCCUCGGAAAGCAGACAUUGUGGCGAGAAAGAAGGUCACUGAACUGAUCCAAGUCCAGGCAGAAAGGAUCUUGGCCUUAAAGGAAGAGAUCGCUCUUUUGCGUAAGAAAGGUGGUCUUAUCCUCCCACCCAUUCAGCCUCCACAAGAGAAGGAGAUGAAGCCCAUGGGCCUUUGAGUUUGCUUUUUUCUCCAAUACAUCCCAGAUUUCUGACCUACAACUUACCAGAGAAGUUCCUUGCUGCCUGCAGCAGUCCUUAAUUAUUUUUAAGUCUUAUCUAAAAGUCUAAGACCAGAGCCAGUUAUAUAGUAUUAAUAAUUUUUCUCCAAUUUGGUUAGCUUAGCACAGAUGACCGCAGCCAACAUCUUAUUUCCCAUGGAACUGAGCCAUUUUAGAUCUGUUUGGAAACUACUGGAUUGAAUAUGGAGUCUCAGAGAAGGCUGUAUCUCAGCAUCUGCGACAUAUCCUGUUUUGGGAAAUUUGGUUAUCUGAAUUUUUAGCCAUCAGCAAGGAAAAACUAGCAAUUUGUGAGAAAAUCUGUGUUUUUCAAUCCUUGGAAAAUAAACUCUGAUGUUAAGUAUUCUCUGAGAGGAUGAAAAAAGAAAAGCACAAACUAUUCUGCCAACAGUAUUUUAGCAUAAGAAAUGCAAAUUAGGAUUCUGACAUUGUUAACUUCACAGAGCAGUUAUUUGGGAGCUCAGGAUGCAGGAAAUGCAGACAGACAGAACAGAUCCCUUUGGAUUGGCAGGAAGCAGGAGACUGCCCAGCUUCCUGAAUCACCCCUCGCGUCAGCAAACUCCUCAGCUCUGAAUGGAGAAGAGUGGGUUUUGCAAAAUGGUCAAGGCGGCUUUUCUCUGUAGAUGUUUGCAGCUCUAACAGUAUUCUAGGUAUGCCCAGUAGCUUCUCAUGUCCUAUGCCAUUUUUCCUAUUUCUGAUGUAGAUCCAGAAGUAAGGAAUGAUUACAUAACGCUGAGAGACCAUCUCUAACAAUCACUUUUGAUUGUGCAUAAUGUUCUGAACUAAUUUGAGAGUGUCCUUUUCCGUUUGGGGGUAAGUGGUCAUGGGAAUUCAUGGCUGUACCCAUCUAAGAAUGAUGUGAUAUUUGGAUUCCCAUUAGUAAGAGGGAGAACAUAGCAUUUUAGAUCCAGUGUUCUGUGGGUCCAUGUUAAUGAGCUAUCCCAUUGAACUGUCCCAGAAUAGAAGUUGGUCACAGAGAAGGAACAGUGAGGAAGGCAGUAUUGCAUCCAUGCGGAUGCAUCAGCAACAUCAAAUCUUCCUAACCUGCGACUAGCCUGAUCUGUCUCCCAAAUUAGAUAGGACUCCUUUCCUUUCAAAGAUUCUUUCAUGUUCCUAUUUAAGAGACGCGAAUAGUCUGUGCUUGUUGUCUGUGGUGUAGUAGCUUAUCUACUGGAGAGCACCUUCCAUCAUUUUCUCUGCUGUAUGCCCUAAACUGUGUGCGCCUUUCAAGCGUUUAAAAAGUGCUACUCGUGAGGGUUUUACCUGUUUACAGCUGCAUGAAAAUUUCUCCCCCAGACAUUGCUUAAAACUGCUUAUCUCACCCAGUUUCUGAGGGUCAGGAAUCUGGGAGCUGCUGAGCGGGCUGUUUUGGGCAUGGAGUCCCUCAAGAGGUUACGGUCAAGCUGUGAGUUGGGGCCGCAGCCAUCUGAAGCUUGGCUGGGGAGGCAGGGCUCCUUCCAGCCUCACUCGCUUGGCUGUCUGGCUGCGGGCUUCCGCUCCUCACCCAGCUACCACAAUGAGCAACUGCCUGGAUCAAGUGCUUGGUCUCCGAGGAGACGCCAUGCCCUAGGUGGUAGUGAGGGCCAGGGGAAGUUACGUAAUUUCCUGGGCCUCAUUUUAUUAUCCAACAAAUGAAGGAUUUGGAUAAGCUCUAAGUCUCUUUCCCAUUCUGAAGUUCUGUGAUUCUAACUGCAGCAAGAAUGACUUUAGAGUCUGUGGGAGAGCCAUGGCAAAGAUUCCAUGACUUUUUCGAGUCUGUAAAACCAACCAGGAUCGUUACUGUUUUUCCCAAAUCAAACUGGACUAAACCAUCACUAAGUCCACAAUAUUCAGGCUUUUAUCCAGUAGGCAGUAUAGUUAACACUCAGUUUUUAUUUUGAAUUGGACAAGACCUAUAGCUAGCUUUAGUUUCAUUUCUACUUGACUCCAGACUCAGUCUUGAAUCUAUAGUUACGUAUAGCAUCGGAGUCUUUGGGAAGUUCAGCUUCAGCUGUGGGCGAAUAACUUUCCAUUCACUCCUGCUUCCCUGAUCAAACGGUUCUCUGCCUCUGCCUC